ACGCCUGCGCGGAGGCCGAGGUGCUUCCUGGGAGUUGUAGUCCUCCCUUGUUCCGGUGUGCGCUGGGGUACGGGGGAGGUGAGCCGAAUACGGACUACAAGUCCCAGGGCGCGGCGCGGCCCAUGCAUCUUGCAGCAGGGAAAGUUUCGGGCUGCGAGAGUCCGGGGGCCGGCGCUGGCUGUUUGGGGGAGUGCAGUCGCACCACAAGACGGCUCGUCAGCUGUGCCGCUCUGCUCUCGGCUCGCUCCGGAGUCACUCCAGUCUCAGUUUUAAGAUGAUCGUGGCGCCGGCCGCCGAGAGGAACAAGGAGCCCAUCCUGAAUGUGAUCAGGCAGCAGCUGCAGCCCGCAGUGCCCGCACUCGCUCUGGAGCUGGCGUCGGGCUCCGGCCAGCACACCGUGCACUUCGCCCAGGCGCUGCCCAACGUGGUGUGGCAGCCUUCUGAGGUGGAGCCGCGAUCUCUGGAAAGCAUUUCUGCAUAUAUUGCAGCAACUCGAGUGGAGAAUGUUAAACAGCCACUUAGUAUUGACUGCUCACAAAGCUGGGAGACCUGGGGAGGAUUGCAACCAAACACCUUUGAUCUUAUUUUAAAUAUCAACAUGAUUCAUAUCACAGAGAUGAAGUGCACCAAGGGUCUCUUCAAAGGAGCUGGCCAAUUACUAAAACCAAAUGCUUUACUGAUCACUUAUGGGCCCUAUGCAAUCAAUGGCAUGAUUACUCCACAGAGCAAUGUCGAUUUUGAUUUGAGCUUAAGGCAGAGAAAUCCAACCUGGGGUUUGAGAGAUUUAAGCAUAUUACAGAAGCUUGCUGAAGAAAAUGGGAUGACAUUCAAGCAGAUGGUUGAUAUGCCAGCUAACAACAAAUGCCUGAUUUUUCAGAAAAGGUCAAGUGUAUAGCAGAGUCAUCUCUUCUGCAAUUCCAUGCAACAACACAGAGGGACAAAACAUUUAGCUCUAAUUAUUGUAAUAAUUCCUUAAUGAAACAGAAUUGCUGCUAAACCUCUAUUAAUUAGUUACUCUUGUGAUUAAACAAAUGGGAUGACUUUCAAGAAAAUUAAUGUAUUUGCUGGACAACUUUGUUUUAAUGGCCUGAAGCCAUUUUCCUAAGCAUUGAAAGCAUGCUUUGGGAAUAUGCUGACCCAGGAGAAUUAAUUAUUUUCUAUAAAAGGAUUUAUUGUGUUUGAGAAGUACACAGUCUUUUUCCCCUCUCGUUUCUUCAAUUUCUUCUUGGGUGGCUGUGUAUCAUGAUCUGUCCUUUGGGAUUUUCACUGGUUAAGCAAAUAUGAGGUGGUGAAACUCACCACCUCCCUUCCUUUAUUGUUCAAGGUGAGAAAUUAGUGCCUUGAUGCUAUUGCAUUUUGAAAUGCCAACAAAACUGCUGUCUCCCAAAUGUUGUUCCACAUAAGUAACUUUUUAGAAGAGGAACUGCUAUCAUUGCAAACAUUAUCUGUUUACUAUUGGCUUGGAGUGGACUGUGUGUCUUGACCGAUUUUGUUUGUACUUGAUGUGGCUUGCACUUAAAGAGAUUGUAACUAAAUGAAUCCAGAGCUGUGCAUGAAGCUUGAAGCAAACUAUCUUUAAUUUGAGUGAUUUUUAAUGCGACUACAUCAACAGUAUCUGUAAGGCACAAUUGCAAUUGAAGAUAUUAAGAAAGAAAUGAUUGGUUAUAGUUAGUUAAAAACCAUCAGUGGGUUAACAACAAACCUAAUGAAACCAUGCACAGACUUGGAAAAGCUUUCUUUUUAAAGAUGAUAAUUCUGCUUCUGGCUGCUCGCCUUUUUAGAACAUAGGUUCAAAUUGAUGCAAAGUAGUACUACUGACUGAGAGUCAUUGAUGUCAUUUUGGUUUCUAUCUCAUUCAACACCAAUUGAUUGUGUCAAUCAGUGGAGACUAAGGACAGCUUUUCCACUUCCUGUACUAUUACAUUGAUUCAUUGGUGCAAAAUGAUAUGACGUUGAGAUUUGGAUGAAUUGCAGUGUUGGGGGAGAGUAAAUGGAAUUUUGCAUUAUGUCGGGAUCUAUUGGAGAUGUCAAGGGUGUUUUAUCCUGACACUGGAAUGGAAAAUAACAAAUUCCUCUUUGUUAUUAUAAUGACCUGAUUUUCUGAACAACAAGAAAAAAAUAGUGAUCACUGUUGACCUCGUAGAAACCUUCUCUAUCCCAUGUCCCCACAUCAGUUUCUGCAAGGCAUCUUUAUGGAUUAAUGGAAUCCAGUUUAUAGCCAGGCAUUCUGAAGAAUUCUGGCAGACAGCAAACCAGGAGGUGAGAAGCUCUAAUUUUUUUUGUAACUUUGUAAACAAUUUAUUGAGGAAAAUAAAAAGAACAUUCAGAACUGAUGAAAGUUUAAAUUAAAAUAUCAUUUAAAAAAUAA